AGCAUAGAUAAUCAAGUAUUACGUGCUUUUUAACUUUUUGGACAACGUUGUAUUUCGCAUAUCGCAACAGAAACAUUGAUCAGGCUUGAAUUCUUUGCGCGUGCAAUAUUCAUGUCUCAUAUAAUCCGCCUACGUAGGUCAAUUUAUUUAUAUUCUAUUUCAAAUGCGAGAACAGAUCAUUCAAACAUUACUGUACUGUUAUUAAUAAUAUUUUGUUCUUCUCUAUGCAGCCUCGUAGUACCAUUGUCUAUAUAGCUAGUAGUUGUUAUUGGUUGCCAUACAUUGUACCUUGUGCGAUUGUUGAGCAAUAAAAUCCAAUCAUUGAUAUCAUGAUCCUUCAUCUUCAAGACCGUUUGCCGGAUCAGUUUAGUACCGCAGUUUUGUAUGGUUGGACUUACAAUAAAUGCCAUUCCCAGCCCCAGUCCAACUCAAAGUCACGACGACAAGCAAACGUGACAUUCCGCUAACUUCACCGAGUCAAAAUAAUUGGAUGUCUGGUAGGAUUUGUCCUAAGAACAUUGCAAUAUGGACAGUCUCACAAGUAUUAUUAGAGUUUAAAACAGCACCUGUACUAGUGUAACAACGCAAUUGAGACUGUUGGCAUUACCGACGCCCACGCAUCACGUUUGAAUAAAAGAGUCGAUAUAAAGACUAAUUGGGACAUUCCGACAAACCCUAUCACAACAGCCAAUAUUUGCAAAAACCAGUCGCGAUCGCGUAAACAACUCCAUCUACGCAAUUCACAAAUGAAUAUUGAAUAUAGACUGAAUAUUGACAAGCAAUUUCUGUUGUGGCUUUCUCUUUAAUAUUUUCCAUGACCUCCUCGCCUUGCGACUACGUCACGGUAACUGGGUGGCGCCACGUACUUUGUGUACUAAAAAUGACUUGGAGCACAAAAGCGACUGUUUACUUAGUCACCUAUACUUUCACCUGACCUAUUGAUUAAUAUAUAAGGUUACACUCCCAGGCCGUCGGCGGGGCUGGCGGGCCCAACAUCUUCCGCAUUUCCCACGUUGUUGUUCGGUUCUGGAGGAAAGCUUUAGAUCGAGAAGCCUGUCUCCACAUACCGGUGUGGGGCUUAAGCACGCGCCGACCGCAGACGGAUCUAGAAAAGUUUGCGAUGGUGACGUCAUGACGUGUUGAGUCUCGGCACGAAACUCCGGUGGUAGGCCUUGCGUGGACGUGUGAACUUUGAACGGCGCUGCCGACCUUAGAACGUAGGUGCAUCCGCGGCGGUUUGCGAUGUAGCUCCUUCCCAGACACCUGUGUGAUCGGAUCCUACCAGGAAACAACCACCUGUUACGUUGGGAUCCUAACGCGUUACCGUUAGCCCUGACGAGACAUGUAUGCUGUUCGACCAAGAAAUCAAUUACGGACCAGGAGCGGACGUGAGAAUGGUGACCCCAAGACCCAGGACAACGAUGUGCGGUACUUCAUAUACAAGAGAGGCGGUACGGUUUCUGUGUCCGAGCUCAGGAACAUGGGAUUCGCGCCGCAGAACGGGCGGCCCAUGGACCAGUGGCUGUCCGAACUACCGGGCCGGUUCGUGACGAGGAGGGGUCCCUCCGGGCAGACCGAGGUGGUUUCCGCCAUCGUUAACGUCAACCUGUGUUAUGACUACCUGCACGGGGGCUGCGCCCGCGGGAGCGCGUGCAAACACCUGCACGUGUGCAGGGGGUUCAUAGCGGGACACUGUAGGUUCGAGUCCGGCAACAGGUGCCGCUUUUCGCACACCUUCCAAGAACCACAGAAUAGAAGGUUGAUAGAGAGAUGCGGCUUGGGAAAUCUUCCACAGGAAACCGUGCGCCAAGUUCUGUGUACUUCCUUCCCUCAUGUUUGCGAAGCCCACGUGAGGGCUGGGUGCCCUGACCAAACCUCAUGUCCCUAUCUACACAUAUGUAAGGAUUUCGUCAAGUCCGGAUGUUUCAGAAAGGACUGCAGAUACCCGCAUGAUUUCGGGACGAGACACAACGAACGUGUCCUGCGUCUACAUUUCCUAUCACCAAAUCUCGAGCAAAAAUAUUUGAUCAACGCGACCCUUUUGAUGUACUCAACAAACAGAAUGCUGACGGUUACAGGUAAUAUGUCACAGAGUAUGCAGGAUCUUUCCUCUGCCCCCAACAGCCACAAUGACUCCAGAGCGGACACUAUCAACGGGAAAGGCAAGGGGCACGGGAAUAUUGCGCGCAUGGGCAGAAUGGGACAUAGUCUUGGCAGCCUGGAUGUCCAGACUGUCAGCAAACAACCACAAGAGACAGUCGUCUUUACCUACAUUUGUCAAACGCACGGUGGAACAGCCCGGUUAGCUGAUGUUUUGAUUAACACUGAACUGUUCCCAGACGGAGCCGACGCACGUCGUUGGAUCAAACAACGCCCACACUUCUUCCGCAUAUUCAAAAGUUCAGAUCACGUUGAGAUGGUUUCCGUGCUCUCCCCACGCGCACGACUGUGUCAUCAGUACAACAACCCCAUGAAAGGUUGCACGCGCCAGUUCUGUCAGUAUUUCCACCUGUGUAAGAAAUUCGUCGAAGGAAGAUGCCCCAAAGAUGCCACAUGUAGCUACCAACAUGACUUGAAGAAUACCCAGGCUCGAGAAAACAUAAGAAAAUACCGCCUGAGCGAUCUGAACGACGACGAAGUUAUCAAAGUCAUCCGCCUAUCUAGUCCCGAGGUGUGUGAGGCAUAUAACAAAGCGGACUGUGCGGAGGCAGAUAAAUGUCGUCGCGUACACGUCUGCGCAAACUUUGUGCUCGAAAAAUGCACAUCGGGAAGUCUGUGCAAACUUCACCACGAGAGUAGCCUGGACACCAGGCAUACCAAAGCCGUCCUGGAAAACUACAAGAUGACCGGCAUGGAGCCCCGCUCGGUGGUCAAAGUCUUGUGGGUGUGUUUUGAUCCGCCAAGAGAUGAAACAACAAAGCAAGACGGUCGCUUAAAACCCACCCCUACUCCUUUUGAGUCCCAAGCAUCGGUAAUAAGUGCAAAACCUGGUCAGAAAACGUUUGUCUUGCACGCAGAGACACACAUAUGCGAAGAUUUCAUCAUUGAUAAAUGUUCUAAAGGCAACCAGUGUCGCAAACACCAUGUCGGUGCGCCUUAUUUAUGGCAAUACAAGGAUGCAGGUCUCCCGGCUAACGCGUGGCAAGAUUUCAAUGAAACGAUGAAUGAACGACUAGAAAGGUCAUUCUCAGACCCAAGCAACAAUGGCGCCAAAGUGAAAGCAGUUGGAGAGUACUGGCUGAUAGACUUCAAACACAUGACCGUUCAGCCAACCAGGGUCAAAGUCCGCCGUCUGAGCACCCCGUCAUCCAAGUCAGACCCCUCAGGUUGCCUAGCAACCAAAUGGGUGUGGUAUUGGAGAGACCAAUCCAGCGCCUGGGUGGAAUAUGGGAAUAAAUUACAGACCGGCACAGAUGCUGGUCCAACAUCAGACGACAUUGAGAAGGCGUUUCUGACGGGCCAGCCCACGCUCAUGUUCGAGGUGCCUCCCCACCGCUACCGGCUGGAGUUUGCGGGGAUGUACCAGCAGAACCUCAACCCGCAGUACCUGACCAGGAGGGACGUGCGCCGCCGGCCUGUGUUCGUCUCACGGGCAGAGGUGGACACGAAGUCAAGCAAACCACAGCAGUUCUGCUCCCUCCCGUCCACCUGGACCCCCAUGCAGGCGGGACAGGACUUCGUGCGCCGGCCGCUGUCCCGUUUGUGUCCCGAGUUCCGCGUGGUGGAGAUGCUGUUUCGACAGACCAUGGGCGAGGAGAAAGUCAUCGUCAGGAUAGAGAGGGUACAGAACCCCUUUCUGUGGGAGAAGUACAACAGGAAGAAGGAAUACAUGCGGCCACGCCUCCACACGCAGUCCUCCCCCUACAGGACAGGGGGCGCUACUGCGGAGGCAACAGUGGACGAGAGAACCCUCUUCCACGGCACCGAACCCGACAUCGUGGACGGGAUUUGCCGACAGAACUUCGACUGGCGCCUCUGUGGCAAGAACGCCACAGCGUUUGGGCAGGGUAGUUACUUCGCUGUUCAGGCCUCCUACAGCCACAACUACACAUCUCCCGACAGUCGAGGGUCACACUAUAUUUUCCUCGCGAACGUGUUGGUAGGUUCGCACACCGUCGGCAGCUCGAAGAUGCGCCGACCACCUCCGAUAGAUCCCGAAGACCCGAACGGUGAGCUGUACGAUUCGUGCGCCAACAGUGCCACCGAUCCGACGAUUUUUGUUCUCUUCGACAGCGACCAGUGCUACCCGACGUAUCUCAUAGAGUACUGGGACACUGUCUGAUCGUAUUUUGAGGGAACCGCUAUGAUGCAAAUUUGAAAAUUGAAGAUGUUGU